UGCUGUCAUCGAUCUGGUGAAGGGGAGCUCGAAAUUCUUCUCUUCUUUCCUCUGCCGUCUUGUUGAUGAGCCUAGACCCGUUUCCACCUCGACUUUUCGCGUCAUCAGGGUGUGUGGAGGAAGAGGAUCUUGAAAAUAAGCGAUGAGAAGUAAACUAUAGGACUUGGAGAACAUAUAUGGUUUGAUUCACAGAGCUGCAUCAUUGCUAAAGUACCCAGUUCUUUUGAUUUUUCCAUUUGGGAUAAUAUGGUAAAAUGAGGUCAUGAUGUUGGUUAAAGCUGUUAGAAAUUUAAUUAUGUAUUUAUUUUCCAAAACUUACUUGAUAAAAGGAUUGCCCCUGCUCAGAAAAGUGAUCACAAGUUAAUUUUCAUUCUCUGAUUUCUCUGCAUACAUAUUUCACUCGGUAUCAUCUGCUUGGGUUGUGAUUAUAUCAAACUUUUUGAGUUUUGGUUUAUUAUGGUAUAUUAACAGUUUUUCUUGCACCAGGGAAUUGGACUUUAGAAUUUUGAAUAAGCUCACAUCAUCCAAACUGUAUCUUUUAUUCUGUAUUGCCUUUUCCUCCUAGAUUUACUGUAGCUUUGGAGAAUUACCUUUCAUUGUCUUGUUAAAACAAAGUGAACAGUAGAAACUUAAAGCUGAAAAAUAAUAUGAGCUUAUGUAAUGUGCAAUUAAUUAUUUUUUCAUGUCUAACUUAACUCAGGAAUUGAUUUUGAAUGUUGCCUUUGUAGAUAUGCAGUGUUAUGUUAUUUGCACAUUUGUAAAUGCACAACUUUUAAGUGAAUCUUCUUCAUGUUUUUUUUUUUCUUCCCAUUUUUAUCUAGCAAGCAUGUGUGCCGCAUAUUUUGGAUUCCCAUUCUAUAUGCACAACUAAGAUUUAUGAUUUUUAUAUGUAUGAUUUUGGAUCUUAUGGUAUGCCAUUCUAUAAUUCUAUAAAUAAAUUUAUUUAUCUAGGUAUGGAUGAGCUAAGCUAAUUUCAUUAGAAGAUGAACUCGAGUCUAAUGUCUUUGGAUUGUAUUAUGUAUUAAUCUAUUAUUUGUUUGAAUAAAUGCAGUCCUAGUAUCUGCAUACCAAUCUGCCAGUGAAUUACCUGAAGUAUUGCAGGUAAAAAAGCAUAGCUUCCCUGCCUGUUCAGUAUCUUCUCCAAAGAGUAUUCUUUUAGAACUUGAUUUCGCUGACCAAACAGUCCUGUGGAAGAACCACCUUGGAAAAAUAUUCCCCUUUUGAAAUUUGUGGUACCCAAUGGCAAGCUCACGUUCCUGCAACAAUUGUGGGAAAACUUCUCUUUUUAGGGAUGAUGUGUCUGGGGAUUUGAUAUGUUCCUUGUGUGGUGUUGUUCAAGAAUAUGAUCAGUAUGAAGCUCAUAUUGGUGGCAUCAAUGGCCCACAAGGGACAUUCAUCCGUGUUGGAACUGCAGGUGCAAGUACUAUAUACAGUUACAAAGAAAGGAAAUUCUUUCAAGCCCAAAAUUUGAUAGAUGAAUUAACUUCUAGAUUAGGUAUAUCUUCAAAAAUUAGUGAUAUUAAAGAGAUGAUUUCUACCAUAACAGAGGGUGAAUUUGGGCAAGGUGAUUGGUUUCAGGUUUUAAUUGGUGCAUGUGUGUAUAUAGUGAUGCGAAAGGAUAAUCGCCCAAUGUCUAUGGCUGAAGUGGCUUGGGCAGUUGGGUGUGAUGUUUAUGAAUUGGGUAGGAUGAUUAAACGAGUUAUUGAUUUUAUGGAUUUGAAAAAAUUUGAUUUUCCAGAGUUUGAUAUUGUGCAUUCAUUGGAAAGGGUCUUUAAGAUUUCUCCAUCUUUUACUAGAAUUGAGAGGAGCAAAGUAGACAGAAUGCGCAAGCAGGGGAUAUUUUUAAUACAAUGUGCAAUGAAGUGGUUUUUGAGUACUGGACGUAAGCCACUUCCAUUGGUAGUUGCUGUUUUAGUUCUGGUAGCAGAAUUGAAUCAGGUUGAAAUUGGGAUUAAUGAGUUGGCCAAGGAAGUUCAUGCUGUGGUUUCCACUAGUAAAACACGAUACAAAGAGCUUUUAGAGAAACUUGUAGAAGUGGCACAAGUCUUGCCUUGGGGUAGAGAUAUCACCACUAAAAACAUUGUUAAACAUGCGCCAUCUGUAAUCAAGUAUUUGGAGACAAAGGCUAUGUUGAAACCUGUUGAUACAAGGAACAACCUAGAUAGUCCAGAGUUUAAUUUGGCUGAUGUGGUUAGUGAAUGCUUAAGACGACUUGAUGAACAUGGACAGAAGAAUGAUGCCAUAAACCUGCGAAGUGAUUCACAUUGUAGAAUAUCACAAAAUAACAUUCACUCUACAAGACCAAGUGCUAGGGAUGCAAGCAAACUGCUUUAUUCACCUGAAUGUUUAUCCAUGUUGUACAAGAAAUCUUCAGACAGGGUUGAUCUUCAGGAUUGUAGCGAUUGGUGGAAUGGAAAAUCAGAAUUGAGCAAAAAGCUUCUACUCAAACAGUUACUUGAGAAGGACGUGGGAUUCGAAACCAUGCCACCUUCUUUUAUUUCCAACUGCCAGAAAUGUGAGAUGAGGAGAGACAAGAUCAACGCUGCUAAGGUGCGUAUAGGUAGAAUUAUGCAUCCAUUAAAUUCUGAUUUGAGUGCUGAUUGUUCUGGGAAGAAAUUGAAGAGAAGAAGAAAGCUAGUUGAUGGAGUUGAUUGGGAAGACUUGAUUAUUGAGACCUUACUUCUUCAUCAAGCAAAGGAGGAGGAAAUUGAGAAGGGAUACUACAAUACAUUGCUGGAUUUACAUGUGUUUAACUCUGGCAUUGUAUGAGAUUUUCCUAAUUUUCUUUUCUGGUUUUGCAAUUAGCUCCUGCUUGAAGUUUGUCA